UGUCAUCAGCUGUCCUCUAGGAAGGUAACGUGUGUGCAGGGUCCACUGAAAACCAUGGAAGAGGUGGCCGUCUCUCAGCCAGAGGCAGCACCAGAUGUGCAGAUUCACAUUCUGUCCAGAGCUCACAUGGACAGCGUGCUCUCCUGUUUAGAAGAGCAGAGGAAAAAGAACUUCUUAUGCGACAUAACAGUAAUAGUGGAAGGUGUGCAGUUCCGAGCACAUAAGGCUUUACUGGCAGCUAGUAGCGAAUAUUUCUCUAUCAUGUUUGCUGAUGAAGGAGAUGUGGGACAGUCCAUGUAUGUCAUGGAAGGAGUGGUUGCUGAGAUCUUUGAAAUGCUGCUUCAAUUUAUCUACACUGGAAAUGUGAAUGCAAGUGAAAAGUGCCUACAGCAAGUAGUGGCCUCUGCUCACGUGUUAAAAGUGGACAGUCUGGUGAAAGCCUACACAGAUUAUGAGGAAGGCAAAAACCAAGACAAACUACAUCUUGAGGCGUCUGACACCGCCGUAGCAGAUGGCGAUAUGCCAAAGCGGAAACGAGGAAGACCAAAGAAACCGCCUGUAGAAGAGAAAACAGAUGUGCACGUUAACCUUGUGGUACAACCUAAGGCAGAAGAAGAUAGCACAGAAAACAGCUAUGGGAAGAGUGUUCUUGUUGAACCUGUGUUAAACGAAGAGGAAGUUAUUACGGAUUAUGCAGCUGAGGUAACGUGUGACCUAAACCCCAGGCCAGUGGAAGGGCAAGGGUUUUUUAAGAGGCACAGCAAGCGUAGACCCCAGAGGCCUGCUAAGCUGCAAGACUACAGACUUUCAGAGGAAAAUGAUGAACACGAAGCAGGAAAGCAGAAUAUAAGCAAAAGGAAUCAGUCUAGUCCUGAAUACCAAUGUAAGGACUGUGGCAAAGUGUUUAAGUACAGGCAUUUCUUGGCAAUUCAUCGGAGAACUCACACAGGUGAGCGCCCCUUUAGGUGUGCAGAGUGCGGAAAAGGAUUUUCCCAGAAACACUCUCUACAGGCCCAUGAACGUGCCCACACUGGGGAGAGACCGUAUAACUGUACUGUGUGCAAUAAAUCCCUGGCAACGAGGAAUUCAUUGAUGGAGCACAUGAAUUUACAUGAAGGGAAAAAAUCCUUUACGUGUGACCAGUGUGGGAAAAUUUUCAGUCAGAGAAAACAGCUGAAGAGUCAUUAUCGAGUACACUCUGGCCGCGGGUUACCAGAGUGCAAUGUCUGCCAAAGAAAAUUCAUGGAUGCUGCACAGUUAAAAAAGCAUCUAAGAUCUCAUACAGGUGAGAGGCCAUAUACAUGUGAGAUCUGUGGAAAGUCUUUCACUGCUAAAACCUCUUUGCAGACACAUAUUAGAAUACACAGGGGUGAAAAGCCUCACAGUUGCAACAUUUGUGGGAAAGCGUUUACCGAUGCCAGUGCCAGGAGAAGACACAGCAUUUUGCACACAGGAAAGAAGCCAUUCUCCUGUCCACAGUGUGAUUUGCAGUUUUCCCGCAUGGACAACCUGAAGACGCACAUUAAAACUCACAAUAAAGUAAAGCAGACACAGGACAAUCCGACAAGCACUGAUGAAACAAGGACCAUACUUCAGCUGCAGCAGUACCAGCUAGCAGCUUCUAAUGGGCAAGAAAUCCAAUUAUUGGUCACAGAUAGCGUCCACAACUUGAACUUUAUGUCAAGUCAUGGCCCAGGUAUUAGUAUUGUGACAACUGAUGAACCUCAUAGCAUGACAGACCAAACCACAAACCUUGCCCUGAUCACACAUCAGCCCACGCCCUUGCAUGGCUUGUCAGUCUCCCAGCAGCAGCAACAAGUGCAAUCUAUCCAGAACAUCGAGUUAAUGGAGAGCAGGCUACAAACUGUGCUGCAGGAACCAAUGCAUGUCAUCACCCUCUCAAAGGAGACACUGGACCAACUGCAGGGACGAACACAUGAAAUUCACUUGACACAAACAGACCGGCAGGCAAUGCUAACUCAGGUGCAAGCACAUCCAUCUCAGAGUAUUUUGAGCCAAAGUGUCAGAGUCUCUGACCACAUUCAGCAAACUAUAAGUGUAAACCCUGUAGAGCAGCCAGUGCCAGGGCCUCUGAUCCCAGCACAAACAUUUCAGAUACAAGCCGAUGCUGUCUCUUUUAUAAACACAACUAUGGACACCACAAACUCAACAUCUGUAUGAUAAAAAUUCUAUAUAUAUAUUGUUUUUUGGUUUUUAAGUUUAAAUGUUUUGCUUUU